AUGUCGAACGGAUUCAGCUCGUGUCAGGAGAGGCCCGAGAAGCUCUUUCCUUCGCUCGCCCACGACGACCACGAGACAGCUCCCGACGAGUCUUCGUCACCGCAUCCGACCGCCAAGUGGAUCAAGGAUCAGAGCAAAUUGAACAGCGCCCCUGCGCGCUCCGACGAGCUCGACCAGUUUGGCAUCCCUAUUCAUCCAUCUCAUUCCAGCUCCUCGCGUCUGCAUAGCCGUUCGGCUUCCAGAGGCGAUGCCUCUCUUCCGCGCUCCCCUAGCUUGGUCACGCCGGCGUCGUUGAAGCCUUCUUCCUCUUCACGCACACUCACGGCCGCCUACGCUUCAUCAACCACGCUAUGGCAGGAACAGCAGAGGGAACCCUCGCCUUCAACCUCUCGACCUGUAGCGAAGCCGCAGCCGGCCGUAACAGCAGAGGAAGACGACGACGAGUCCAUAGGUCUGCUGCUCGGUCAGUCGAAGCGCAGGAGAGCGCGCAAAGAUUCUUACUCUUCCUUCGGUAGCAGUGUGCUGCCAGCCCCCCUAUUCGCCAACAACCCGCGUUACAGCACAUACGGCGGCAGCAACAGUGGCCUAGCACAGCUCCGACAAAGUGUUCCCACUAAGCAGGGAAGACCCGCUUAUCCACCAAGCAACCACUCCGGUGCUGCCCCACAAUCGCGGCACCUUGCACCUCAUCUCGAUGCACUUGCACCACGACCACCACAGCCAGACGCUCAGUACUCUCGGCAGCGCCAUCCGUCCAACGCAGUCGCUUCUCGUCCAUCCGGAUUCGAUCUAGAUGAUUGGCUUCGGACCUCACAGGCACCUGCGGCGCUCAAGUCCUCGCCCAGUCUAGGAGCCCUACCAACAUUUGACCGACCAGAGAGGACAAGGGCGGGAGCUUUGAGUGAAGCUGGCACUCGUCGACGACGCCAUCAGGGCGGAUCUACCUCGGGUCUUAGCGCAGGCGUCUUGAGUGCGGGUCCAGAAUCUCCUCGCAGUCGCAGGAAGGCUAGCGGCACGUCUACACGCAGAGAUGGAAGUGGCUUCGCUUCCCUUUCACCAGAUCAUCCAGCCUUUGCCGCAUCCAUGGAGCUAAGUAGAGAGGCAGGCGCUCGAUCCAUCGACACGAUCGAGGAGUGGCGAGCCAAGUCGGGCUCUCAGUCGGCCUCUACCGCUUCCGCCACUCCAUCUGCUGCCUUGCCAGAUCGCGGCAUCAGUCCCGCUGACCAAGGUGAUCUCGUACCACGCCGACGACGCAAGAGCUCAGUAAAAAGCAGUUCUCGCCCGGUCUCGAUGGACGGUCCUCCGCCACCGCUGCCAUCCAUUCCUCCGACGUUCACAGCAGAAUCCGUCGCCUCCAAAAGCGGUCGCCGCAGGAGGAAGAACACCGAGACUUCUCUUGCCGGCUUGUUUUCGCCAGACAAGGACGAGCCCUCGCAUCGAGGUAUCGCGGCAGGAUCGACGAAGAGUCCACAGCCUCCGCUGGCAUUGCGCGAUCUGUACGCCCUGUCCGGGCUCGGCUCGCAAGCGGAGACGCCAAUGCGCCGCUUCAUCCGCUGGCUGGCCAAAGAACAACUCAAAGCGACCAUCGCACCCAUAGUUCUGCUUACGUCCUUCUUGGUCCGCUGGAUCGUAGGCAGGGGCGAUUGGAGCGGUCGAGGUGUGCAACCCAUGCAUGGCGACUUUGAAGCGCAACGUCACUGGAUCGAGCUCACCCUGCAUCUUCCGACCUCGCGCUGGUAUUUCUACGAUCUGCAGUACUGGGGACUCGACUAUCCGCCGCUUACCGCUUGGGUCAGCUUGGCUUGCGGCUACGCUAGCCGGCUCUUUCCCGCUGUCGCCCCUGGCUUCGCAUUCGCGACGUCGCGAGGCAAUGAGGAUGCAGCGACCUCGACCUUCAUGCGCGCUACAGUGAUUGUCGGCGACCUUCUCAUUUAUCUCCCUGCAAUAAUCCUGUUCGUAACGCGCAAGCUCGAGGGCCGCGGUCGGCGCACGCAAGCCAUCGCGCUGUUCUCCAUCCUCCUCCAACCCGCGCUCAUCCUCAUCGACCACGGUCACUUCCAGUACAACAGCAUCAUGCUCGGCUUCAGUGCGGCGUGCUUCGCGCUGCUGCACACCACGCUGCCCAACCCAGACUCCGCUGCGGCGGCACGGGGUCGCAGCCAGGCGGUCGCCGACCUCUCGCGCCGCCUCAGCUACGAAUACAUCGCCGCCGCCGUCCUGUUCUGCCUCAGCCUGUCAUUCAAGCAAAUGGCGCUGUACUAUGCGCCGGCUGUAUUCGCCGUCAUGCUUGGUCGCUGUGUCGGGCUCGCCCGUGUCGACCCAGAGCGCGGGCUGACGCUGUUCAUCGGCCUCGCCGUCGCCGUUAUCGUCACCUUUGGCGUGGUCUUCAGCCCGUGGCUGACGAGUCUGGAGCAGAUCGCACAGGUCAUCCACCGCAUCUUCCCACUUGCCAGGGGCCUGUUCGAGGAUAAAGUGGCCAACGUGUGGUGUUUUGCGUCGGUGCUGCCGCUGCCGGCGCGGUGGAAGUUGAAGAACGUGAUGGCGGCGACGGCGUUGGCGCGGUUGAGUCUGGUCGUGACGCUGGUGGCGAUCUUGCCGGCGUGCGUGCUGCUGUUCUGGGCAGCGAGCCAGACGGCGCGGAUGGAGAUGAUGGUUGCGUCCGAAACGCCGGUGGCUGUCAGCUCGAGUGUUGCGGGCAGUGUCAAGGAUUCGAGUUCUCGACGCAGCCACCGCUCCCCGUCUGUCGUCGGAUCAGUUGCUGGUGGCCGAGCGAGGUCCGAAAUCGAAUCGCUCCUCGCCGGUUCCGUGUCAAGAUCGAUCAGUGGUCGCGUUAGCCACGUCGGGCCCCUCGCCACAUCGCACGACUCGGAUUACCCUGCACAAGCAACACCCGCCCGAGCGGUCGCAUCCACCCUCCCCUCCCCAGCCGCCCAGAUGCUCCCAUACGGCCUGCUAAGCGUCUCCACCUCGUUCUUCCUAUUCGGCUUUCAAACACACGAAAAGUCGAUCCUCCUGCCUCUUCUCCCUAUGACCCUCCUCCUCGGGGCAAAAGGCGAUACCUGGGGUGGCAACAUCACCGCAGCGCGCGAUUGGCAGUGGUGCGUGUGGUUCAACAACGUUGCCACCUUCUCGCUCUUCCCGCUUCUCCGCAAGGACGGGCAGGCUCUGCAGUACGCUAUACUGACACUAGGAUGGAAUUGGCUCAUCGGCAACCUGGGUGUGCCCUUCAACCCAUUGACUAGUGUCAGAGCGAUGUUUAGGAAAGACGCGAGCUUCUUUAGAAGAAUCAGCACGCUUAGCUACAUAGCCAUCGUAGCACUGCACACGCUCGAGUACGGUCUGCCAAGGUUGGCGCCCGGAUUGCAGGCGAAGGUGUGGGCAAGAUAUCCGGAUAUAUACCCCGUUUUGAACGUGCUGCUGGUCACACCGCUCGUGGGGGUCGUGUGGAUCUGGGCGCUCGUUAGACAGGUUCAGACGGCGUUUGCUAAUGGGAUGACGAUCGGAGGGAGCGGGAAGAAAGGGGUCAAGGGAAAGACGGGCUGA